UUACACCUCGUCAAGUCAAGGAAUCUUCCGAUCUCCAUAAGCACUGUUGUGUCUAUGGGGAACCUCGGACAGUCCUACCCACCUUCCGCGGGAAUGUUCACGUCCCAGGCGCGUGAACAACUCACCCCGGUUCUGAAGUUUCUGUCUCAAACGAGUACGCCAAUCCUCGUCAACAUCUACCCUUACUUCCCUUACGCAUCCGACCCGGUGAACAUUCACCUCCACUACGCCACUUCCAAGAGCGAGGCCGUCGUGGUACAAGACGGACCACUGGGAUAUUCAAACUUGUUUGAUGCCAUGUUCGACGCGUUCUUGUGGGCAAUGGAGAGGGAAGGCGUGAAAGAUUUACCUAUGGUGGUGUCUGAGACUGGAUGGCCGUCCGCGGGCAACGGAGACAUGACCACGCCGCUUAUUGCAGCUACCUAUAACGGAAACUUUGUGAAGCAUGUAGAUAGCGGCAAAGGGACACCGAAGAGGCCUAACAGUGGUGUCGAUGGGUUUAUAUUCGCAACGUUCAAUGAGAACCAGAAGCCGCCCGGGACUGAACAGAACUUCGGAUUGUACAAUCCUGUUGAUAUGAAACCCAUCUACAAGCUAUUUUGAGUGUGAAAGUUUCUAUGA